AUGUCGAUCCCCAACGAAGCUCUCCAGAAGACGCCACGACCGGGUGAUGAACCAGAAUACCAAGGUCUCACCCGGUCCCCCGAACCGUCUCACAACCCCAUUCAACACACCAACGGUAUCAGAAUCCCCAAAGCUAACAAGAAACCCCCCAAACAGCUCCUCCAAGAAAUUGAAUCCCGUGCCAUCGCCUCCCAGCAACAAAUCAGCCUCACCAAGGCGCACAUGACCGCCAAGCAGCGCGACAUCCGCAUGCUGCAACUCACAUCGAAGGAACUAUCCGAGCUACCCAGUGAAACCAAUGUCUACGAAGGAUGCGGAAAGAUGUUCGUCAAUGUUCCGGUCGAUACGGUGAACAAGCGCCUUACGCGCGAGAGCGGCGAGGCGGCUGCGGAAAUUACCAAUCUGGAGAAGAAGUUGCAGUACCAUGAGACGACGAAUCAGAAGAGUCGGGAGAAUCUGGAGCAGAUUUUGAAGUCGGGUCGGGCUUGA